GUUAGGCCCCAGAGAUGUAGGCGUACAUGUUGGCUGACCUAUUCCCAUUGACUUAAACAAGUUAACGUAACUGGAUCAGAAUGAACAGGAUUGAUACGUCUGUCGAUGGAGAUCGCCAAAUACUCGUCAAUGACACAGACGACUCUGGCGAAAAUUCAAGCGAUGCAAGGAAACGACAGCAAAAUGGAUACCAUCACGUGCCAUCGCCUCGUGAGAAUGUCAUUACUCAACGAAACAAUGGAUUAGUGCUGAACUCUUCGCGAGUCAGUGAUGGUAGGGAGACAGACACGAACACAUACACAGAACUACUACGCGGGAGUGUACCGUGUCCUACGUGUAGAGGGAACGGAAGCAUACCCAAAGAACAAGAAGGACAGUUGGUGGCUUUAAUUCCUUUGAAAGACAAACGAUUGAAACCAAGGAGAACGUACCUAUAUGUGUGCUUGGCUGUGUUCCUCUGUCUGACAGCUGCAGGCCUACUGCUCUUUUUCAUGUUUCCAAGGAAUGUGACAAUCGAAAGUAACAAACCAUUCCUGAGUCCCCAGAAUCUUUCCAUUGCCGUCCAAAGUGUUCAAUUUCUAAUAUCAAAUCCGAUAAACAUCACUAACCAGAAUUAUUUUCCUGUGACUGUCAAUAGCAUCACGAUGUCAGUGCUGUUUCGAACCAAAGUCGUUACCACAUCUAAUGACAAAAACACAACAACUGUACCAAUACGAGAUACUGUAUCGACUUCAGUGACUGCCCAACUCAAGUUUAAUGAAUUGAAUGAAUUUGGAUAUAUGGCAAUUUUAUGCAAUGAUACGAAUACCUGGUUCCAUGAAUUUGUGAUGGUGUUUGAUUUUACAGUUAGCUAUAGUUACCUUGGACAUGACGAAAUGACAUCGCUGACCACAUACCAGUCUGUCAGCUGUGGCAAUGACACGGCACCGGUCAUCAGUACGCAUAAACCACAGCCACUGACCACUACAAAGGUGACCACUACAGAGGUGACCACUAGUGAGGUAACCACAAAAGGUGGCAGCACAUAGAUACAGUGUUGAUUUGUAGCUAAAGUGGUUCCCAUGUCUGAUGAUCCCAACAUAAGUGUGCACUCAGAUGCAGUGUUUUUCAAGACUUUGUCGACUUGUGACCAAAAUGGUCCCCAUGAGCGAUGUUCUUAACAUAAAUGUGCACUCAAUCUUAAAGCUGUUUCUCGAGAUGUGCUUCCUGAAACAGACUGGUAUUGAAAGUAACGCAAUGUAGAUGUGGACUCAAAGUUAUAUGUCAAUUCCCAAAAUAUUGUUUAAUUUGAGUUAUUGGUUCCUAUGGCAACAAAAUACAGACUUGGAGUCAAAAUUGCAUUAGUUUCAAGAACUGUUUACUUUGAACCUCUGGUUCCGAUGGUAACCACUAAAGAUAUGGGUUCAUAAUUAUGUUGGUUUCUAAAACUGUUAACUUUGAGCCACUGGUUCCCAUGGUAACCACUAAAGAUAUGGGCUCAUAAUUAUGUUGGUUUCUAAAACUAUUCACUUUGAGCCACUGGUUCCCAUGUGGUAACCAUUAAAAAUCUUGGUUCAAAGUUAUGUUGGUUUCCAGAACUGUUUACUCUGAGCCCUUGGUCCUCAUAACGACCCGAGACAGAUGUUGACUCAAAUUACAUCAGUUUUCGAAGAUGAGUUUCCUUAAGCUUUGAGCCUUUAGUUUUCUUGGACACCACUGCAGAUGGGAGCACAUAAUUGCAGCCGAAAAGUUUGGUCACCUAUAGUAAGUUCAGCAGUUGAUAAAAAAACAUGUGAUAUGUGCUUUGCAAAGUCAAAAUAAAGAAAGCACACAAACGUUUAGGUGAAGAUAUAAUCAUAUAUAUGCCUUCGUCAAAAUAUAUUUUUCAGUCCAUAUGUUAUUUCAACUUGUCAUUCCUUUUCUCAGAAAUGCAGAGAUAUGCAUUACUCAGUCAAACUUAGCAUGAAGUUAUUAUAAAUAUAUUUCUUUGGAUUAGUGCUAGGAAAAGGCAUGGUUUGAAUGUUGAGCGAUAGCUGCCUUAACUCAUUCACCCCUGAAAUUUCAUCAUGAACUAUUCCAACCUUUGAAUUGGAAGAGUUCAAAUGUGUCUUCAGGGGUGAAUGAGUUAAGCAACCUUUAAAAAAAUCUGGAAAAACUGAUCACAUAUGAAUAGUUAUUUAUUGAUGUAGACUGCAUAUAAGCUUUACAAAAUGGUUUAUUUUAUUUUUCUAUUAUGUUUUGGUUUUCUUAAUAUAACUUUAUAUGUAUAAAGAUAUCAUAUCAUUUUUGAGCUGAAGUACCUCUGCAUUAUUUUUUAAAUUUGUCUGGUGUCAGGUAUCAUAAUUCCUUUGUAUGAUUUCCCCUGUAGUACCAUAAGGCCAAGAGUCAUUAAGUUUGUCCUAUGGCUUGUUAGGAUCAAAAAAUAUAAUUUUCCUUUUAUAUGAUUUCAUUGACCCUCUUUCAAGGUAACAGGGGUCAAAUAUGUUAAAUUAAAAAAACAAAACCAGGUGAAACAAAGUCAUAUUGGGCCCCAUGUAUUGAUUUUAAUGUUAGACCUGAUGCCGACAUAUACAGCAAUACUGUAUUGUAAUGUUACCUGUGUUUUAUUACUUUUAUUUUCAAAUGACAUGGGCUGUAUUUUACCUGCAGAAAGCAGAAGAGGCCUAUGAAGCCAGUUCUAGUUUAGAAAGAAGGAAACAUGAACUCUAGGUUUUUCCUAAAUUUAAACUACAUUUAAUGACAUAUAUGCAGAAAAUGCUUUUUGCAGGCUCACAUACAACCUCCAUUAAUGUAUUUACUGCUAAGUUACAAUUUAAGGGGUAUUCAAAUUUUAGCGCUUUUCGCAAUUUAAACGUCUUGCUAAAUUAUGAUUGCUCCAAUUGAACUUUCUGUAUAUAGUUUUAUACUGCAUGUUUUUUAAGUGCUCUAAUUCUUCAAUGCCUUCAUCUGUUUAAAAUUUGAUAAUGCGCUAGAAUGUGUGUCCCCUAAAAUAAGUUCUUUUACAGUUAGAAGCAGGUGAUCUGAAUAAUGAACGCUGCAUUAAUUAUACUCUGGUAAAAUACAUGUGAGAAAAAUACACUCAAGAAUUGUUUGUAAUUAUGCAUGCUUCACAGUGUUCGAUAUUGCAAGGUAUAUGAACUUGUUGUAAAUAUUUCAAUGGCACUUGUAUUUUAUUAUUACAUAUUAGCCAAGAUUUAGCUGUGAUGCAUCUCAUGGGCUCCCUGUAAUUUAUCGCUAUACUUUUUACGAAUGAUAUUACGGAACACCAUACCAGUGCCUAAAGCUGUAACUACUAUGCUUUGGAUUCCCGCCCCCUCCCCAUUGUUACUAAAACUGAAAAUAAAACCAUACCUUGUCAACUUUUAUGGAAAAUAAUAAAAUUGUAAAUUAACGAUAAUCAACAGUAGUGUUCUAAGUGUAAAAAUUAAAAGGGGCAAAACCGGGGUUGCUUUCGUUUAUCCAGGUUGAACCUGUUGGACCAGAGUUGUUCAUUUAUGAAAUAAGGUCAGACCUAGUAAUCUGAUGCUGCUUUCUGGGGAGCCUUGACAGAGCCGUGCAAGGCCUGCAUAAACAUUAGCAGGUCUGCCAGGAUUUAUACCCAAAAAUGUUACUUUUAACAACAGACAAACAGGUUGCUCCGCAUGAAAGAACAGGCCCCAGGAUUCAAAGUCUGGACUCUGGAUUGGUAUACACGUACUAUCACUCUAUAUAUAGCUACCUGGUCAACGGAAGUGUCCUGGUCUUACUGUACUAUUGUUAUAUCCACAAAAUAAUUAAGGGGAAGAUACUGUAUAUACAAUAACCAGAGUGCAGUGGGGCAGGGAUCCUUAAAUUUCAAUUGUGAUGUAAAUUUCUAUUUAUUUUCUCAUUUUUGGCUCACAAAGUCUGCGAUAUGUUUCAUUGUAAUCUCCUUUAAAAUGAGAACUCAUUUUAAGAUUCACAAAUGUGCACGGUAAUAAUCUCUGUGUCAUAAUAUAUUCUCCAACUGUCUGGUCCUUACUGUUUUUAAUUGGUUUGUAUACAAUUGUUGUAGCUGUAUGAGGUAAAUAAAUACAUGUAUUAGUUUUGGGAAUCGCUUCAUAAUUUGUGAUAGAUCAUCACUAUCUAUUCCAUAAUGGUUGAUAAUCAAUCAUUAAUUUAUGAUCAAAUAAAAUGAAAACAUAAAGAGAAGUAUUAACCGACAUGAGUUAAAUGAGGUGGAUACAUUUUUUGAACCCUUUCACCCCUAUGUAACUUUAGUGAACUCUUCCAUGCUUUGAUCUGGAUGAGUCCAUUAUGGUCUACAGUGGUGAAAGAGUUAACUACCCAUAGCUAUUGGUAGAAAUGUUGUUAAAAUGCAAUUUAAGGUAAAUCUUAUGAGUAAAACUGUUUGUUUAAUCAGGUAACUUGUCUACUCCAGGUAAAAUGUAAUCGGAACACCAGUACUAAAUGUACCGUAUAACAGGUUAUUUACGUGGGCAUAAAUUUUUGCAUUUUUUUUUUUGACCCAAAAUUAAAAAAAGUUUAUUUACACAGAUUAAUAGAAUCUUUCACC